GCUGCGUUGUUCACCCCUAGGGUCGUCGGAGAGAGGUCUGCCCCGCAUUCUCCACCCACGCCCCUGCCAGCUUCCCUUCCCACUUUGCUUUCUCGGCUCGCCUUCCUUCGCCCUCAUUCUUCCCCCAUCCCGUCCCGUCCGCUGCCCACAUUUGCAGUUCAAGCUGCCGCUGCAGGUUGCUCCCGGCUCUCUGCUUUCGACUCCCGGCUCUGCGGAAGGGCCCUUUACCUCCUGCCCGGACGGGACUCGUGUGGCUCACGGUCCCCUUGCCGAAGUCAGCUUUGACCACUUUGAAAUUUUGCGAGCCAUCGGGAAAGGCAGCUUUGGGAAGGUCUGCAUUGUUCAAAAGAAUGACACCAAGAAAAUGUAUGCCAUGAAGUACAUGAAUAAACAGAAAUGUGUCGAGCGCAAUGAAGUGAGAAAUGUCUUCAAGGAACUGCAGAUCAUGCAAGGUUUAGAACAUCCCUUCUUGGUCAACUUGUGGUACUCAUUCCAAGAUGAAGAGGACAUGUUCAUGGUGGUGGAUCUGCUCCUGGGGGGCGACUUGCGCUAUCACCUGCAGCAGAAUGUCCGUUUCCAGGAAGACACAGUGAAACUCUUCAUCUGUGAGCUAGCUAUGGCCCUAGACUACCUUCAGAGUAGGCACAUCAUUCACAGGGAUAUGAAGCCAGACAACAUUUUGCUGGAUGAGCAUGGGCAUGUGCACAUCACGGACUUCAACAUCGCCACCACAAUGAGCAAGGAGAUGCAGCUCACAUCCAUCGCGGGCACGAAACCAUACAUGGCCCCCGAGAUGUUUAUCUCAAGGAGUCAAAUGGGCUACUCCUUUGCAGUCGACUGGUGGUCACUGGGCGUCACUGCUUAUGAGCUACUGCGAGGCCGGAGGCCGUAUCAUAUCCGCUCCAGCACAUCACCAAGUGAAAUUGUGCACAUGUUCCAGACGGCCAUAGUGACCUAUCCAGCUUCUUGGUCGGGGGACAUGGUAUCACUGCUGCGAAAGCUGCUGGAGCAAAAUCCCGAAAACCGAUUUUCUCAGCUGACGGAUAUCCAGGAAUUUACCUACCUGGCUAACAUGAACUGGGAUGCUGUGUUUCAGAAGAGGUUGAUUCCAGGCUUCAUUCCCAAUAAAGGCCAACUAAACUGUGACCCCACAUUUGAACUGGAAGAAAUGAUCCUGGAGUCCAAGCCACUUCAUAAGAAAAAGAAGCGUCUGGCCAAGAAAGAGAAGAACAUCAGGAAGGAUGAUUCAUCCCAGACUCUCCUGCUUCAGGAGCACCUCGACUCUGUCCAGAAGGAGUUUCUUGUUUUCAACCGAGAAAAGACAAUAAAGGACUCCCAAGGCAGUUUAGCCCAGGAACAAACCAACAAUAGCGAAGAUGGGAGUCAGAACAACAGCCUCUGAGACCUGCUUCCUCAGUGAUGUACCUAAAAGCAUCCUGCUCCAGGGACCCAGGAAGUGUAACUCUCCUGUCUUCCCUCCCCAGCUGCUGGAAAUCCAUAUCUCUGACUUCCACCAGGA